AUGAUCAAAAGAAUGAUAGCCCUGAUUAUUUUGAUUGCAUCAGCAAAUUCGUAAAUGGGAAUUGAAGGAAAAUUUCUUCAACUUAAGCCAACAGGCAGCUACUAAUACUUAAAACGAAUAUAUAGAGAUAAUGCUAACAAUCCUUAAUACACACAAGUAAAUAUUUUAUAAAAUUGUUAGGGAUUCACUUUUUUGAAUGAAGAUACCAUAUUAGAGUCAGCGGGGCUUUACAAAAAGAGUGGAAUACACUAUAUUAAUCUCAAAAAUGUUAAUAAACUUUAGUACAGAUAAAAUUUAGACGAUAAGUACUUUGGAGAAGGAUGCGAUAUUAUAAAUAACAAAGUCUAUUAAUUAACUUGGCUGGAAAGAAAAAUGUAUUCAUUAAUAAUACUUCUAGAUUUGUAUAUGAAAAGGAAGAUCUAUAAUAUAUAGGGUAGAUUGAUUUACAUCCAUCGAUAAAGGAAGGUUGGGGGUUAACUCAUCGAGUUUAGAAUGGAGAAACUUAAAUACUGAUUUCCGAUGGAACAAGCAAAAUACAUAUACUGAAUGAAGAUUUUGAAUUGUUGAAAUCAAUUUAAAUAUUACAUGUUACAAUUCCUGUGGAAUAUCUAAAUGAAUUGGAAUAUGCAAAUGGAAUUUUAUAUGCAAAUUAAUAUGGAAAAACACAUAUCUUUGCAAUAGAUCUUGACAAAGGCAAAGUUUUGGCAAAAUAUAACUUCGCAAAUCUAGUCAAAGAAGCAAAUAGGCCAGAUGGAUGUCUGAAUGGAAUUGCAUUUAACUAAAAAACACAGACUUUUUGGAUUACAGGAAAAAAUUGGCCAUUCAUAUAAGAAGUCAAGCUUAAUUGA